AUGAAAAACCUGCGGCAAAACGUCUCGGAGACGGAGGAUCUUCUUGCGGUUAACCAACGCAACACGCGAUCAAAAACCUCAACCGAUGGUGGAGAAUACUCAGAACCGAUUCCGGUUGAUCUAAUCAUCGAGAUAUUUUUGAGACUGCCGCUGAAAUCUAUAGCAAGAUGUCGCUGCGUGUCGAAGCAUUGGGCUUCCAUUCUUCGCCUCCCUUAUUUCACGGAUCUGUUCUUGACCAGAUCUUGUGCUCGCCCGCGUCUAUUGUUCUCCUGCCUAAAUGACGACGGGCAUAUGCUCUUCUUUUCUUUACCUGAACCUCAAAAUCUUGGUAACAAGUCUAAAACCAAAAGAAAGAGGUCGUCUCCUUUAACUGCCACUUAUCUUAUGAAAAUUCCGUAUGCCAUUUUAGAUGAAAGAAGAAUUAGUUGUAUCAGAGGCUUGGUCUUUUUUAUAGAUGAGCGGAAUGUGAAUGGAAAGAUGCAUCAUCAGGUGUCGGUGAUAUGUAACCCUAGUACCGGACAAACCUUGACCUUACCCAAAGUGAAGUCGAGGAGGAGGAUUGGAGUGAGGAGCUAUUUCGGGUAUGAUCCCAUUGACAAACAAUACAAAGUAUUGGCCAUGACCUGGAAGGUUAAUAGAAGUUAUUGGGUGGUCUCUGAGGAGCAUCAAGUUCUGACGUUGGGAACAAACAAACCUUCGUGGAAAAGGAUCGAAUGUUGCAUACCCCAUUCUCCUCGCUAUGGAUAUCAUAAUAUAUGCAUCAAUGGUGUUCUGUAUUAUCGAGCGUUUAACACGUCUUCAAGGGAUUACAUAAUCGUUUGCUUUGAUGUUAAGUCGGAGAAGUUCAGUUUUGUUAAAGACACAUACGCCUUUACUACAUCAUCUGGUUGCGUGCCUUUGAUAAACUAUAAAGGUAAAUUAGGCUCAAUUCUUUUUGGAGGGUCUAAUUAUAUUAGUGGAAGUAUUAAGUUGCGGGUUCUAGAAGAUGCCGAAAAGCAUGAAUGGUCGGAGCAUAUAUUCGUAUUGCCUACUUCUUGGCAGAAUAUAUUUCAAGACACAUGUUUACACGUUGUUAAAGUGACUCAGACAAAUGAAAUCGUGUUUGCGAGGUCGUCCUCCGACGUUUUGUACUACAAUACCGAGACAAACACAAUCAGGAAAGUUGCAAUCCAUGGAAUGGAGGAAGCAUUUAAGGACGGUAUCGUUUACGCCUUUGGAGACCAUGUAGAGGAUGUGAAGCUUCUAUAA